CAAAAACCAACCACAAUUUUACUACUAGUACCAUGGAAACCAAAACCCAACUCUUUUUGGCCACCUUUCUCCUCUCCUUCGUUUCCCUGCAUGCUCAAAACCUCCAAACCUACAUAAUCCAACUCCACCCACAAGCAAUGCCAAACUCUUUCUACUCCUCCAAGCUUCAAUGGCACCUCUCUCUCCUCGAACGAUUUGUUUCGUCCCAAGAAGAAAACCCUUCUUCUUCUAGACUUCUGUAUUCCUACCACUCCUCCAUGGAAGGGUUCGCGGCUCGUCUAUCUGAACUGGAGCUCGAGUCAUUGCGUAAUUUUCGCGAUGUCAUAGCUAUUAGACCAGACCGUCGACUUGAUACCCACACGACUUACUCUUACAAGUUCUUGGGACUAAACCCAACCAGUCCAGGUGCCUGGGUCAAGUCCGGGUUUGGUCGUGGGUCAAUAAUUGGAGUACUUGACACCGGAAUAUGGCCUGAAAGCCCGAGCUUCGACGACAGUUUGAUGCCUCCGGCUCCCAGGAAAUGGAGAGGGAUUUGCCAAGAAGGCCAAAACUUCACUACCUCAAAUUGCAACAACAAAAUCAUAGGCGCAAGGUUCUUCAGCAAAGGCCACAGUGUGGCUUCAUCCUCACCAUCACCCAACACCGUCAUUGAAUAUGCGUCGGCUCGCGAUUCACAUGGACAUGGGACCCACACUUCAUCCACAGCCGGUGGGGCUCGAGUUCCAAUGGCGAGCGUGCUCGGGAAUGGAGCCGGUGUGGCCCGCGGGAUUGCCCCCGGGGCCCACAUAGCCGUGUACAAAGUCUGCUGGUUCAGUGGCUGUUACAGCUCUGAUAUACUGGCUGCGAUGGACGCAGCCAUCAGAGACGGGGUCGACAUUCUCUCUCUCUCUCUAGGUGGCUUCCCAUUACCGUUAUACGAAGACAGCAUUGCCAUUGGGAGUUUUCGAGCAAUGGAGCACGGAAUAUCCGUUAUUUGCGCGGCAGGAAACAACGGUCCUAUUCAAAACUCGGUCGCCAACGAGGCUCCAUGGAUUUCCACCAUAGGCGCUAGCACACUGGAUAGGAGAUUUCCCGCCAUAGUCCGAAUGGGAAACGGGAAAAUGCUGUACGGAGAAUCCAUGUACCCGGUAAAGAGAAUUCCAAGUUAUGAGAAAGAACUCGACCUUAUCUACGUAACUGGUGGGGAGAGAGGAAGUGAGUUUUGCCUUAGCGGGUCUCUUCCAAAGGCGAAAGUUCGCGGGAAAAUGGUGGUUUGUGAUAGAGGAGUAAAUGGGAGGGCUGAGAAAGGCCAGGUCGUGAAAGAAGCUGGUGGUGCUGCGAUGGUUUUGGCCAACACGGCUAUAAAUCUGGAGGAAGACUCGGUCGAUGUGCAUGUCCUUCCAGCAACUUUGAUUGGAUUCGACGAAUCAGUAGAGCUAAAGAGUUAUAUGAACUCUACUAGGAAGCCCAGAGCCAGAAUUCUAUUUGGAGGAACACAGGUUGGGAAAUCUAGAGCACCAGCAGUAGCUCAGUUUUCAUCAAGGGGACCAAGUUUUUCCAACCCUUCUAUUCUCAAACCGGAUGUGAUUGCUCCCGGAGUCAAUAUCAUCGCUGCGUGGCCUCAAAACCUGGGCCCCACGGGCCUUCCGGGAGAUUCUAGAAGGGUGAACUUCACCGUCAUGUCGGGGACUUCCAUGGCGUGUCCCCAUGUCAGUGGAAUUGCUGCUUUAGUCCACUCUGCUCAUCCCAAAUGGUCGGCGGCAGCUGUUAAAUCCGCAAUCAUGACAACAGCAGAUGUUAAUGAUCAUUUUGGAAAGCCGAUUAUGGAUGGAGACAAACCCGCUGGAGUUUUUGCAACCGGAGCUGGACAAGUGAACCCAGAAAAAGCCGUGAAUCCGGGAUUGAUAUAUGAUAUCCAGCCGGAUGAGUAUGUUACUCAUCUCUGCACUUUAGGAUACACAAGUCCAGAAAUCUUCACUACUACUCAUCGGAACGUGAGUUGCCAUGGAAUUUUACAGAAGAACAGAGGGUUUAGCCUCAACUACCCUUCUGUGUCUGUCAUUUUCAAGCGUGGGGUGGUGAGGAAGAUGAUUAAGAGGCGGUUGACUAACGUGGGGAGUCCUAAUUCCAUCUACUCUGUGGAAGUGGUGGCGCCUGAGGGAGUCGAGGUGAGAGUUAAACCACGACGACUGGUAUUCAGACAUGUCAACCAGAGCUUGAGCUACAUCGCUUUGUUUAUACCGAGGAACAGAACGCGAUCUGACACUACGAACUUUGCUCAAGGGCAUUUGACAUGGGUGGAAUCCAACAAUGGUCUAAACAGGGUUAGAAGCCCUGUCUCUGUGACAUGGGAAUCUAAGAGAGGCUAUGGCAGUGGCGGUAGCAAAAACAAGUAGUCAUUUCCACUUAUUCUGGCUUUUCAUUUUCAGGAAGGUUUAAUUAAUGAAGAUCUGAGGAUCUUGUGUUUUAGUUUUAGAACUGGACUUCAUGUCUUCAUCAUUUGAUGAAGACAGGAGGAUUCAACUUAACAUUCUAUCAGACAUGGUUUUUUUUUCCCCCUAGUGCAAGAGGAUUAUCUGUUUUUCUUUCUCAACAAUCCUGUUAUCACUCUUUCCUCAAAUUAAUACAGUAUUACAGACACAACCCUAUAAAACCUAACAACCGUAACAGCACAAGAAUACAGAACAGCUUGCAGAUAGAAUCGCCAUGUGCAGUUCUAUUCGGUACGAAAUAUCUUGCUGAUAGAAUCCCCAUGUACAGUUUCUGCUACGAACAUAUAUGCAUAUAUAGAUACAUAGAUAUACUGAGAAAUCAAAGAGCUAACAAUGAACAAGAUUGAUUGAAACAGGACCCCCAUAAGAGGGAGGAUUUGGUACACAUCAGCUCUACAAGGAUAUCAGCUAUGUUGUUCAAAAUUUUCGUUUUUACCCAAUACAAUCAAAGUAAAACUACUGUAGUGGAAAAUGAAAGUGGAGGAGUGGAAGGGAAGGAUAUACAUUCCUCAUUUCUUGACGAACUGCAACCCGUUCACAUUAGCAUAUCUCUCCAUGAACCUCAUGAAUCGAUCCCACUCCCUUGGAGUCCUCAUCACAUACUUUGCUUCAAUUCGAGAAGGCUUUCCAUUGACAAACUUGGCACUUACAUCAACUGACUGAAGAACCCCUUCCUCAUCGAUCAUGUAGAAGCCAGUGAUAUCACCUACUUCACCCGAUGAGUCAAAGACUGAGGGUUGCUCAAAGCUGAAUAUAGCCAUUCCGUUAGUUCCAUCCUUUGAUUUGGUUAGCUUCACAUCUGGGAUUGUUUGUUCAUCGGUUCCUUGAAUGAACUGAAUUGUUGGUUUGACCAUCAUUGUUAUACCGAGUCUUCGAACUUGAGAACUUCUUCGUUGGGUGCAAUAUGUAUUUUGCAGGCGGAGAGGUUGACCACUGAACGAGGACUGUGUACUUCGAUGAACAGCCCCAAGGCCCCCAACUG